AUGGCUCGAGGUCCGGUCCCUGGGCCUUGCCGCCCCCCUGCAGGGGAGAGGGGCGGGCGGGCUCCCCCGCGGGCUCGCGCUGGCGGCAGCGGGCCCCCGGCACCGAUGACCGCGGCGUCGCGGAGCAGGUCGCGCGACAAGCGGCCCAAGAAGACGAAGGCGAAGAAGGCCGCCUCGCGGUCGUCCAGCAGCGGAGGCCGCGCCAAGCGGAAGGCCUCGCGGUCGCCAUCCAGGGGCUGGCGGCAGAAGCCUCGCAGCCCUCGCAAGGUUAGCCUCACCCCGUCGCCCUCGCCCCCGCCGCGCCCGCCUCCGAAGCGGCGGCCGUCGCCAGUGCGGGCGCCGUCGCCGUCGCCGCCGAGGCGGCCGCCGUCGCCGAGGCGGCGUACGCCGCCGAGGCAGCUUUCCCCGGUGAGGAGCACGGUCCGGGACAACAGGGAGGACACCUACAGGGCGGAGGUGGACGAGUCCUGGCUCCUGCAGCGCUCGGAGCAGCGGAAGAAGGCCCCGUUCAAGUCCACGGACAUUUUCCCGAGAUCCCCGAGCCCGCAGCGCAAGGCGGUGCCCGAAGGCGAAUCGCAGCAGCCGGAGAAGGCCCCGGAGCAGGUGCCGCUGACCGCAGAGGAGGAGGCGCGCAACAACAAGUUCCAGGCCGGGCUGAAGAAGGCGAUUAAGGGCGAUGCGAAGAAAGACAAGAAGGAGAAAAAGGAUAAGGGCAAGGCUAAGUCCGACGACGAGGACGAUAAGAAGGAAAAGAAGGACAAGAAAAAGGGCAAGGCAGAGUCCGACGACGAGGGCGAGAAGAAACAGAAGAAGGAGAAGAAGGAGAAGGGCAAUGCCAAGUCCGACGACGAAGAGGACAAGAAGGAGAAGAAAGACAAACCAGAGAAAGAGGAAGGCAAAGCCGAUGUGGAGAUGAAGGCGCCUCCUGUGACGAAGGAGGAGCACGAUGAAAAGCCGGUCGUCAAGGAGGAGCAGGAGGAGAAGGACGGCGAGGCCGCGAAGGGCAAGAAGGAGAAGAAGGCGAAGUCGAAGGAGGUGAAGGCGGAGGGCGAGGACGUCAAGGCGGAGAAGCAGGAGAGCGGCGCCGAGGACGGCAAGAAGAGCAAAAAUAAAAAGAAAAAAAAGAAAGAGUCGUCCUCGUCUUCGUCUAGCGACGACAGCGCAGCCUCGGACUCUGGCGAGAGCGUUAUGGAGGAGGUCGUGGAGUGGGUGGAGAUACUGCCCCGCGGCGCUGGAGACGCGCGCGUCGCCACCGGCUACGACUACGAGUCGGAGGACGAGGGCUUCGGGCCCACGCCGGCGGCGCAGCAGGACACGAUCAACAACAUGUCGCAGAGCCGCGGCUCUUACGGCGGCGCCCUUCUGCCCGGCGAGGGAGACGCCAUGGCAGAGUACGUCAAAAGCGGCAUGCGUAUCCCUCGCAGAGGAGAAGUCGGAAUUUCGGCUGACCAGAUCGAGGGUCUCGAGAGCCUCGGAUACGUCAUGAGCGGUUCCAGGCAUCGACGCAUGAACGCCGUGCGUAUCAGAAAGGAGAACCAGGUGUACUCGGCCGAGGAGAAGCGCGCCUUGGCGAUGUACAACUUCGAGGAGAAGGCAAACCGUGAGUCGAUGCUCGUGGGCGAGCUGCGGGAUAUGCUCGACAAGCGGCAGAAGGCCAUCGCAACCGCCGUCGGCGACGGCCAGACGCUGGACGACAAGUUCCAGACGAUCGGCGAGCAGCACAAGUUCAUCUGA